CGAAUAUGACUCCAAGUCCUUAGAUGCAGCUUUCACAUCAAUCGACCUCGACUUCUAAACACUAACGCCAGGCUCAUGAGACGUUCUUCGAUGAAAGGUGGCAACCUCCGUCGCGAUGGAAAUGGUCUACGACAAGACACAUCGCAUAUCGAGCGCUUGUGUUUUGCCGAGGACGGCGAGCAGACCAUUGAGGCUCGCGCUGAUCGGCACCGCUGGAAUGUCGCGUUUAGCAGAGUGUGCGGACUGACUGAGGAAAUCCGAGAUGAGUUAAGAUUUGGAGACUUUCUCAGUUCAGAGCUCGGUCGGUUUUCAAACCUCUCGGCAGGGGAGGCGAAUAGAGCCGCGAGUCCUCCAGAACUUCCCCGGUUCGUAGGCCGCGAUGGGAAUCAGGAUAGCAUUGAAGACCUCAAUCAGGAAAGACAACUCUUGAGGUCGAUGCUCGACAUCACACAGCGCCAAAACCUCUCACUCAGGAAUACACUGCAGCUACAUAUCUUUCGCAUCCUUUCAGCGUCUACCGACACGUACGAAGAAUAUUUACCAUUCUACCGAUAUGAGACACGACAGUUGAAGACUAAGUUCAGGCCUGGUGCCGGCCUUUUCUGCUCUGGUUUGAAGUCCAUGCGCGAAACAGAAGAUGUGUACACCAGCAAGCAGGUCAUAAAUCACAUCGAAUACACGCGCGCCGGAUCGCCGUUCAUAUCCGUUUCUGACAGCCCGUGGCGGAUUCAUAACAUCAUACGAAAAGACCGGAAACGUGUCUAUCACGGCGGUCAUGUGGUAGUCAUCGCUCCUGCAAAUCUUCGCAAGCUCCAAAUCUCCUUUGCACGUUCAACUCAACUUGUGGAGCAAAUCGGUGAGAAACCGUAUUGCAAGGAAAAUCCCAAUGGAGUUCACUAUACCACUCCAUCCCACUGGUUGGUACAGGGUUGGAUACCGGAGGCAUGCAUUGUGGCACGCCUUACGCUGGAGGAGUUCGAGGAAUACUGUGCCAUCCACAAGGACAUCACUAAAGUAGAAGCUGAUGAAAAAGACCCUAAGUACGACAUUCGGCCUUCGCUCUCGAGCCUUCUUGAGUUCCGUGUAGCAUGGCAGGACCGCCAUUCGCAGGCGUUAGUUGUACAAGAUGCAGAGGCUAGGCUAGAGACAUAACUGGAAGAUGCUUAACCAGAUAUAUUCAAGGGGCUGCUGUGCGCAUCUAAUCGAUUAGGAGACGAUUGAGAGUCCUGCGCAGGUCUGGGAGCGUUGUUGUAACGACACAUACCUUCGCAGCCAAUAUCUUCGGUCAGGAUACUAUCAGGAGAGACGACCUUCUGUGUCGAAGUAUUCCACAUGCGUAGAGGCGACCCUGAAAGGUCUGUGCUUGGGCCGAAUCUUUUGCAGCGUCUCUCUGGAGGAAUAUAUGAGUGUGACAGAAUGAAGGUCUUGGCGCUAGUCGAGGAUUUGGACUGUUCUGAGUCUUAGAUCUGCUAAUACUGCGCGUGCUGUCACGCUGAUACAUUAAUCACUGCUGCUAGUACCCUGUUAGGAGGCUUGCCGGACGUACGCUCAGCGGCAGUGUCAAAAUUCAC